AUGGCGAUAAUCAACGGGGUCAAAGGCAUCAACAGGGUGACUGUAUCUUUGGUUAAUUCAGAAUCGCGAUACCGUUCCGUUAUUUCCAGCUAUGUCGGAGCUAUGGAUCAUGCUUCUAACCUGACGGAAGCUGAUAUCCAACAUUCUGAUUAUGUAACCACCUACGGGAGCUUCACUGAGAUGGGUAUCAGACCGGAGUUGUUGAAAGGCAUCUACAACUAUGGCUUCGAGCGGCCCUCACUGAUUCAACAGAAGUCCAUUCGUCCAAUAAUCGACGGCAAAGAUAUCAUUGUACAGGCCCAAAACGGUACUGGUAAAACCGCAACUUAUAGCAUUGGCUCACUCCAGAGGAUCUCAGGGGAAAUACGGAAAACCCAAGUUCUUGUCCUUUCUCCUACAAGAGAGCUCGCUAACCAGAUUCAUCGGGUCAUGUCUGCCCUAUCAGAUUACCUACCCAUUCGGUGUGUUGCUUGUUGCGGUGGACGUAGCAAUGUGGCACAGAUGGCCAAAGAGUUGUCCAAAGGAGCCCAUGUCGUCGUUGGUACCCCGGGGCGUGUACUCGAUAUGGCCCGACAUGGAUCACUGCGCCUAGAUGCGGUACAAACAUUCAUUUUGGAUGAAGCAGAUGAGAUGUUGAAUCGCGGUUUGCGCGAUCAACUCGUGGCUAUAUUUCAGCAACUACCAGCGACAGGCCAGUUGAAUCAGCGAAUUGAACGGCGCAUGCAAGUAGUCAUCGUUUCUGCCACUCUUCCACGUGAACAUUUAGAGCUAAUCCACCAAUUCACUCAAUCUCCUGUUCGUAUUCUCGUUCCUAGAGAUGAGCUCAGUCUCGCUGGAAUUCGUCAAUUCUACAUUGAUGUCGGUUCGGAGGAGUGGAAGUUUGAAGCACUUGGGGACAUUUUUGCGAGCAUUUCUGUGUCACAAACGGUCGUGUUUGUGAACACUAGACGAAAAGUGGAUUGGUUAUCCCGCCAACUUCGUCGGGACAGCUUUACCGUAGAAGCUGUUCAUGGCGAACUGGAUCAAAGUAUGAGAGAAACAGUGAUGGAGCGUUUCCGUUCUGGCGCCAGUCGCGUCUUGGUGAGCAGUGAUGUGUGGGCUCGUGGUAUCGAUGUUCAGAAUGUGGGUCUUGUCAUCAACUAUGAUUUGCCAUCAACACCCACCGACUAUCUGCAUCGUAUUGGGCGAUCCGGCCGUUUCGGGCGUCGUGGGCUGGCUGUGAGUCUUGUCACUGGGGCCGAAGAUCAGAGCAAGCUGGACUCGAUCGCACGCUACUAUCGCAUUGCUAUAGAACCGGCGCCAGCUGCUCUGGACAAACUGAUGCUCGACUUGAUUCCGACAGUGCACGGAUCCCGAGUGGUUGCUGAAUCGGACAGUGGUGUUCCUACUGCCCCCAUUGACAAAAUGAUUCUUGCCUGUAAAAAGAAAAAGAAAAGAAAGCAUAAAAAGAAAAAGAAAACUUUAUAA